GGGAUGGCACUUUAUAGGGCAGGGCACCUGUCUGGGGAUGUGGCAAAGCCUCCCUCUGGGCCCCUGCAUUUCAUUCCUAGGGAUGAUAGCAAACACCACAACUGGGUGGUCUGAAGCAGCCGGAAUUUCUUCUCUCGAAGUUUGGAGAUGGAGAAUCUGAGCUCCAGGUGUCGUCAGGGCUGUGCUCCCUCCAAACCUGCAGGGAGAGUCUUCCCUGCCCUUCCUUCUGGCCUGUGGAGGCUCCUGGCCGUCCUUAGCUUGUGGCCACCUCACCCAGUUCCUGCCAGGUCUUCACUUGGCCUCUGUGUGUGUCUCUUGUCAGGACACCCUUGUCCAGAAUGAUCUCAUCUGGAUCCCUAACUUGUUACAUCUGCAGCAACCUUCCUGCCAUGGUCACGGUCACAUUCUGAGACUCCAGAUGGACGUGAAUCUAGGGCAGAGGAUGUUUAAACCAGCACCCCUGACCCCCACUCUCCCCACGCUUUGGCUCUCCCACCUCCUGUAGCCGAAAGUUCUGAGUUUCUCCUUUUGGCCUCCUGAGCUGCAAGAAAGGGGUGGCUUUGCCUGGGAGCACUUUCUGGAUUUGGACUUAAGGAAAUAGCAUAUGCUCCAAGUUCAGUCUUGAAAGGCGCUAGGAGCUGGGCUGCCCCCCCUGCGACCCUGCUCUUGUCUGCUGUGCCCCACCUGAGCAGAUGGCCCUGGCCCUGCUUUCAGCAGAUGUGGAUGAGUGCCAAGCACACAACGGCGGCUGCCAGCACCGGUGCGUGAACACCCUGGGCUCCUACCUCUGUGAGUGCAAGCCUGGCUUCCGGCUCCACACGGAUGGCAGGACCUGCCUGGUCAUCAACUCCUGCUCCCUGGCCAAUGGCGGCUGCCAGCACCACUGUAUCCAGCUCACAGCAACCCGGCACCGCUGCCAGUGCCAGCCCGAGUUCCAACUCCAGGAGGAUGGCAGGCGCUGCAUCCGGAGAAGCCCAUGCGCAGAGAGGAAUGGCGGCUGCAUGCACACGUGCCGGGUGCUCCAAGGUCUUGCCAGCUGUGAGUGCCACGUGGGCUAUCAGCUGGCGGCCGACCACAAGGCCUGUGAAGAUGUGGAUGAAUGUGCCACCGGGCUUGCUCAGUGUGCCCACGGCUGUCUCAACACUCCAGGGUCCUUUAAGUGUGUGUGCCAUGCAGGCUACGAGCUGGGUGCUGAUGGCCGCCAGUGCUACCGGAUCGAGAUGGAGAUUGUGAACAGCUGUGAGGCCAACAAUGGCGGCUGCUCCCACAGUUGCAGCCACACCAGCUCGGGGCCACUCUGCACCUGCCCUCGCGGCUACGAGCUGGAUGGGGACCAGAAGACUUGCAUCGAUGUGGACGACUGUGUGGACAGCCCGUGCUGCCAGCAGGUGUGUGCCAACAGCCCCGGCGGGUACGAGUGUGGCUGCUACGCUGGCUACAGGCUCAGUGCCGAUGGCUGUGGCUGUGAAGAUGUGGAUGAAUGCGCCUCCAGCCGUGGAGGCUGUGAGCACCACUGUGCCAACCUGGCCGGCUCCUUCCGCUGUUCCUGUGAGGCUGGAUUCCGGCUGGACGAGGACCGCAGAGGCUGCUCCCCCCUGCAGGAGCCCACAGUGGAGCUGGACAGCCGGCUGCCCUUCGUGCGGCCCCUGCCCCAUGUCGCGGUGCUCCGGGACGAGCUGCCGCUGCUCUUCCAAGACCACUACGCAGGGGCCGAGGAGGAGGAGGAGGAAGAGGAAGCGGAGCUGCGGGCUGAGCACACGCUUGCGGAGAAGUUUGUCUGCCUGGACAACACCUUUGGCCAUGAUUGCAGCUUGACCUGUGAUGACUGCAGGAAUGGAGGGACCUGCCUCCCUGGCCUGGAUGGCUGUGACUGCCCCCAGGGCUGGACUGGGCUCAUCUGCAAUGAGACUUGUCCCCUGGACACCUUCGGGAAGAACUGCAGCUCUUCCUGCAGCUGUCAGAAUGGAGGGACCUGUGACCCCAUGACGGGGGCCUGCCGCUGCCCUCCAGGUGUCAGUGGAGCCCACUGUGAGGAUGGCUGCCCCAAGGGCUUCUACGGCAAACACUGUCACAGGAAAUGCCACUGUGCCAAUCGGGGUCGAUGCCACCGCCUCUAUGGGGCCUGUCUCUGCGACCCAGGGCUCUAUGGCCGCUUCUGCCACCUUGCCUGCCCGCCCUGGGCCUUCGGACCAGGCUGCUCAGAGGAGUGUCAGUGCGUGCAGCCCCACACCAGGUCCUGUGAUAGGAGGGAUGGCAGCUGCUCCUGCAAGGCUGGCUUCCAGGGAGAGCGGUGUGAGGCAGAGUGCGAGCCAGGUUCUUUCGGACUGGGGUGCCGGCAGGCGUGUACUUGCCCACCCGGCGUGACCUGCGACCCUGUGAGUGGCAAGUGUGGGAAGCAGUGUCCUGCUGGCUUCCAGGGGGAAGACUGUGGCCAAGAGUGCCCGGUGGGGACAUUUGGAGUGAACUGCUCAGGCUCCUGUUCCUGUGAGGGUGCCCCCUGCCACCCAGUCACAGGGCAGUGUCUGUGCCCAGCAGGGAAGACAGGGGAGGACUGUGGGGCAGAUUGUCCCGAGGGCCGCUGGGGGCUCGGUUGCCAAGAGAUCUGCCCGGCAUGUGAACAUGGUGCCCGCUGUGACCCUGAGACCGGAGCCUGCCUGUGCCAACCCGGCUUUGUCGGCAGCCGCUGCCAGGAUGCAUGCCCAGGGGGCUGGUUUGGUCCUGGCUGUCAGAUGCGGUGCUCCUGUGCCAAUGAUGGGCACUGCCACCCGGCCACUGGACUCUGCAGCUGUGCCUCUGGCUGGACUGGCCUCAGCUGCCAGCGAGCUUGUGACAGCGGGCACUGGGGCCCUGACUGCAGACACCCCUGCAACUGCAGUGCCAGCCACGGGAGCUGCGACCCCAUCAAUGGCCUGUGCCUGUGUGAGGCUGGAUAUACGGGCCCGCGGUGUGAGCAGUCGUGUCCCCAGGGCCACUUUGGGCCUGGCUGUAAGCGACGGUGCCAGUGUCAGCACGGAGCAGCCUGUGACCAUGUCAGCGGGGCCUGCACCUGCCCAGCCGGCUGGAGGGGAACCUUCUGCGAGCGCCGCUGCCCAGCUGGCUUCUUUGGCUUGGACUGCCAGAGCGCCUGCAACUGCUCUGCUGGGGCUACCUGCGAUGCCACGAACGGCUCCUGCCUCUGCCCCACUGGCCGAUGGGGCCCCCAGUGCAGCCAAACCUGCCCAGCCCUCACCUACGGGCACAAUUGCAGCCAGAUCUGCGCCUGCUUCAAUGGGGCCUCCUGUGACCCUGUCCACGGGUACUGCCACUGUGCCCCAGGCUGGAUGGGGCCCACCUGCCUGCAGGCCUGCCCCUCAGGCCUGUACGGCGAGAACUGUCAACAUUCCUGCCUGUGCCAAAAUGGAGGGACCUGUGACCCCAUCUCAGGACACUGCUCAUGCCCAGAGGGCUGGACUGGCCUGGCCUGUGAGAAGGAAUGCCUUCCUGGGAACUUCGAGACCAGCUGCCAGCACGGCUGCAGCUGCUUCAACGGGAGCCUGUGUGACCAGCACACAGGCAGCUGCCUCUGCCCGGCUGGCUGGACUGGGGACAAGUGUCAGAGCCCCUGUGAACAGGGCACCUUUGGGUUUCGCUGUGAGGAGCACUGUGCCUGCCGGCGGGGAGCCCCCUGCCAUCACAUCACCGGGGCCUGCCUCUGCCCCCCAGGGUGGAGGGGCUUGCAGUGUGAGGAUGCCUGCCCAUGGGGCUGGUUCGGAGAGGCCUGUGCCCAACGCUGCCGCUGUCCCCCUGGCGCUGCCUGCCACCACAUCACUGGGGAGUGUCGCUGUCUACCUGGCUUCACCGGUUCUGGCUGCGAACGGGCCUGUCCACCUGGCACCUUUGGGGAGGACUGUGGGCAGAUGUGCCAUUGUCCCGGGAAGAACCAGGCCUGCCACCCUGCCACCGGGGCCUGUGUGUGCACUGCUGGUUACCAUGGCCCUGGCUGCCAGCACCGGUGCCCGUCUGGGCGCUACGGGCCAGGCUGUAAGCAACGGUGUGGGUGUCUCAACGGGGGUUCCUGCCACAGGGCCACGGGUGCCUGCCACUGCCCCCCCGGGUUCCUCGGGGCCAACUGCAGCCUCACCUGUCCACAGGGCCGCUCUGGUCCAAACUGUGCCCACGUGUGCAGGUGUGGGCAGAGGGCAGCCUGUGACCCUGUGACCGGCACCUGCAUCUGCCCCCCGGGGAGGGUAGGCAUCCACUGUGAGCGAGACUGCCCCCCAAACUGGUUUGGUGUGGGCUGUGAGCAAGUGUGCUCCUGCAGAAACGGGGGUCUGUGCCACACCACCAAUGGCAGCUGUUCCUGUGGCCUGGGCUGGACAGGGCCCCACUGUGAGCUAGCUUGCCCCCCUGGACGCUACGGUGCCGACUGUCGCCUGGAAUGUUCCUGCCACAACAGUACCUGUGAGGCCACCACGGGUGCCUGCCUCUGCAGCCCUGGCUUCUAUGGCCAGGCCUGCGAGCACCCUUGUCCCCCCGGCUUCCAUGGGACUGGCUGCCAGAGGGUGUGUGAGUGUCAACACGGAGCCAACUGUGACCCCACCAGCGGCCAGUGCCUUUGCCCUGCUGGCUUCCAGGGCCAGUUUUGUGAGAGGGGCUGUGAGAUGGGUUCAUUCGGAGAGGGCUGCCAUCAACAGUGUGACUGUGAUGGGGGGGCACCCUGUGACCCCAUCACUGGCCUCUGCCUUUGUCCACCUGGGCGCUCAGGAGCCACGUGUAGCUUGGAUUGCAGAAGGGGCCAUUUUGGGCCAGGCUGUGCCCUGCGCUGUGAUUGUGGGGGCGGGGCUGACUGUGACCCUGUCAGCGGGCAGUGCCACUGUGUGGAUGGUUACACAGGGCCCACAUGUCGGGAAGGUGGGCCCCCCCAGCUGCCUAGGAGCCUAGCCCAGGCCCCUGAGGGCCCAGCAACCGGCCUCCCCGCUCCCAACAGACCCGUGCGUGGCAGCAGGGCAGCAGAGCCCUAGCUCAGGGAUGGCCCCCGGGCCCCACCUUCUGAGGCGCAGCCUGAAGGAACCCAGGCCUUUGGUGGCAACUAAGGAGGGACAGUGUCUGGGCCCAGGACUCCUGGCCCUACCCUUCUUUCUCUGCGGACAACUGUGAGGACUCUCACUCUGCGAGGGUCCUGCCCAGCUCUGUGGGACCCUGGCGAAUGGACCACUUUCAGCCACACUGGGCAUCUGUGUUUUAGGACACCCUGUCCUCCCUGCAGCCCAGGCCUGAGGGUAGGCCUGGGCUGCCACCCUCUAGCAGUUUCUUCUGGUGCUAGGCCCUGGGCUGCUGCAGCUGAGCUGUGCACCUGGAAAUACAGCCGGCCAUAUUUAUGUAAAGGUAUUUAUGGGCAGUGGCACAUGCUGGCCGCAGCCCUGGGUUAGCUGGAAGCUGCCCACUGUCUCUUGCCAGGAAGCUCUGACUCAGAUCUGUGGGGCCCUGAGGGGGUCUCCAGGCAGCAGGCUCAGGUGUCAUGUAAAACCCAGUCCGUUAAAGGAACAGGCGCUUCCUUGAAGCCUGUGUCUGUGCUUUACUCCCAGGCCUAGUGGGUGUAGGGCCGGGCAGGAACCUGCCCCAAACCGGGAAGUCCAGACAGGUGCCCAGCCUUUCCCAGGGAGGAGGGUACCCCAAUCCACAAUGCUCCAGAGGAGAAUAUGGGGGCUGCAGAAGGUUCCCAUAAUGGCUGAGACGCUCUGAUACCCAGAAAGUGGAUGGUUCCAGAGGACAGCAGAACGGCAGGGCAAAUGUGGAGGGUGCAGCCUGGGUCAAGGCCGAGCUCAGCUGUGCUCCCCUCUGCCACCCAGUAGCAGCGGGGAGGGGUGAGCAAGGUCACAGGGGCCAGUCAUCCCAAGGGCAUGGUGUUGGAGGGAUGUUGCUUGGGAAAAGAGUGGUGCCCAGAGCAGAGGAGGGAGGGCAGGUGGCUGGUGGAGAUGUUGGCCCCCAGACUAUAAUUGGGUCCAUUCUCUACCCUGAGCCUGCCCUCCUCUCACCUGAAGAAAGGUCCCCGUGCCAUCCCCUCCAACACCAGCCAAGGUAGCCAACACCCAGGGACACAGGAUUUCACAGGGCAGAGGAGGAGGAUUCCAAGGAGCUCUAUCACCUCACACAGACUGCAAAGGAGUGGCCUAGAGCAAAGGAAGCCAAACUAAUGGGCUGCAGUAUCGGGGCCUUAGCACAAAUCCAGCAAUGACCAAUGGCAGUGGGAGGAGGGACGACGCAGGUGGGGUGGCUGAACAGACAGACACAGCUUCUGGCUCGAAACGUCCUUCCAGGAGGCGGCAGGGAGGGGUAGGGAGGGAACAUGGCGUGGAGAAGGGAGAUGUCAGUCAGCAUCUGUCCAACAGAAGCCUGGGAAGCAAGGACGGCAUCGUGACAUGAAGCAACUACGAACCCAGUGAUCUCAGAGCAGAGGGCUCAAGUGCAAAAAGUAAAAACAAAAAGCCGCAGUCUGAACUUUGAGAACGUCAAUUGCAAAGAGAAAUUCUAAGGUGCCCAGAGAGAAAAACAAGAAUGGGAGUCAGAUGGACAUUCGAUGUUUUGGCAGAGAAACAUCGAAAGCUUAGAGGUGCCCUAGCUUCGAAGUGUGCAAGAAGUUUGAAACCUGAACUUGACAUCCAGCUAAGUGUCACAGACACAAAGUUAACAUUAUCCCAGGGCCUCCCAGGCCUUGGUAGGUUCCCCACACAAACCUGAUUUGAAAAUGCUCCUACAGAAAGUUCUCCAGCAGGAAGAGAAUGAGGCCACAGGCAGAAAUAUCAGAACAGAUGGUGACCUUGGUGGGAGUUCUGACAGGAUGCUGACCGUUUAAAGCAUCCUCAGGAAAUUCUAUCUAUCCAAUGAGGGCAGGGAGAAAAUAAAGCAUGGUACAAAGAAAGCAGGCUCACAAACCCUAACGUAAAAGGUUACAAUUGAUUGAAAAACAGAUCUCUAGACUACACUGACAAUAACAGACCAGAUCUUGACUGCAGCAGACACACUUCUAAGGGCAGAAAUACAAACAAGUAGAGUAAACCACGGGCAGCCACAGGUGGGGUUAACAUGUCAAGGAGGGAAGCAUCUGACGGCCCAUCAACACAUAACCCACAUCUGUACAGAACAAGGCUCAAAAGUUCACAGUGACAAUGGCUAGAACAGGUGGACAUAAAGAAAACGGGAGAUUCUAACAUGCUCUUUACAGAAACCAACGGUGAGCAAACAACAAUAAGACGUGCGUAAGCUUUAAUGCACGCGGUGUGUAUGUAUUUCUGUUUAUGGCAGUUAGACAUUUACUAUAUUAACACAUACACGUUUAUAUUCACGUCUAUAAAAACUGUACCCUCAGAAAAUGGAAAAAGAACAUGUACGGAAAUUAAAAUUUCCCUCUUGGACGUCUCAUAAGGAAGAAAAAAAGUAUCAAGACUGAGGACUUUUGAAACAUGAAAUGAGCAAAGAAUGAGACAUAAAAUAUUAUGAACUAUGGACCAAUAAUUUUGGAAACAGAAAAAUAGAUAAAUCUGGGGAGAAAAGUACAUGCCAGGACUGAUGUAAGUAGAGAUAAAAACUUGGGUGAACCAGCAGCUUAGGUGAGUGUGAAGAGGCAGAUAGGCCUGGUAAGUCCCUGGCACAGGGGCUGCUCAGAACAGGUGCACCCACCUCUCAGGACACCAUGAACUUAUCAAAUAUGACUUGUCUCAGACACUCUAAAUAGAGGACUGGCAGCCCGCCUCAUCUCAUGAUUCUAAAGCAAGUUGAACAGUACUGAUUCCAUGUGUGCUAAAACCCUGGAUAAACUAUUAGCUAUCCAAAUAUGAGUAUUUUAAGAACAGUACCAGCCUGCCCAAAUGGGAAUGGACUCGACUGGAUGCAAGGACAGUGUAACCUCAGAAGACGCAUCUGUAUACCCGCAUUUGGGUGUGAGAUCACAUGACCAUCUUGAUAGACACAGAAAGAGCAUCUCCUGGAGGUCAGCAACGUGUGGGAUGGAAAUUCUUGGAAAGCUGGGUUCAUACAGGAACCUUCUUGACAACAGUUACAUCCAAACAUCAUGUUUAGUAGAGAAACUAAAGAGAAUUCGGGUCUGUCCAAACAAUGCCACCCCAGACAGCUGUCAUGCUCACUGAGGGGACCACUGUCAGGUCCCAUGUCACCUCAGUGCUGAAGCUCUGCAUAGCCCUAAGGUUCUAUGCAUGGAAAACAUUAUCAAAUGAGUGAAUAAACUCACAUAAGGGCGGAGAAUCUGAAUUAGAAGUCUGCGCCGUCCUGUUCCUCCCCCUCCCAGCAGAGCUCACGGCCCAGACAGAAGAUGGAGCUGUGGGAUUGGGGGGUGGGGGGAAACUGCCUGAGUGCAGGGACAGGAUCAUCUGUGUAGAAAGCUCAAAAGGGUCAAUAGGCAGAUUGUUACAGCUAAUACAAAUUCAGCAAGAUUGACGAUAAAAUCCU